AUGCAGCGUCCAGCCCAAAAACCACGACUCUUAACCCAAUUUGAGUUUGACACGAUGUGGGAUCCGGAUCCUAAUACGCUACGACUGGGUAUCCUUCUGUCCUUGAAUCUCCCCUCGACACAACGGGAGGCAACCAUGGUACGGAGCGCCAUCUCGACGAUCCGGAUGGCCGUCAAUGAGGUCAAUGAGGAGAAGAUCAUUCCUGGGCUGAACAUGUCGAUCUUAAUCCGGGAUAGUCAGAGCCCGAGCCUUUACACGUCCACUGGAGGAGCUGCAGCUAUCUCGGCUGCAGGAAGGUUGAUUAGCGCCAAGGUAGGCGGAGUCAUUGGCGAUAUCAAGUCGGACCUGACAAAGUACGAGGCAUUGAUGACCUCGAGUGUACUAAUCCCACAGUGUUCCUUUGCUUCAGGCAGUGCGUCAUUGUCAGAUCAAGCCACCUACCCAUCCUUUUACCGCACAAUCCCAACGAUCAUCGUCUUGGUGGAUGCGAUUCUGGAAGUUGUCAGAAGACGGGAGUACUUUUCGGCGCGUGCACGGAAACUGGGAAUCUACAUUCUUGCAUAUCAGCCCUUGACGACUGCCGGAGUACCAUUCGAUCCGACCUACACGUUUGUCAAGAACCGGAUCCAAUCGUCUCAAUCCCGGAUCCAGGUUGUCAUUGCUGCAGGAGACAGUCAGUUCGCACUUCUUCACGAAAUGAAAGAGGCAGGCUUCUUCGGUCCAGACUACGCAUGGGUGACAGGAAACGAGAUUUCUUCACAGCUUCGACAGGAUCCGGAUGUCAAGGCGUAUGACGGACUCAUUAUGAUUGACAACGGAUGGGAGCUCUCAGGAUAUGCACCCUAUGACGAGUUUUUGUCUAAAUGGCUGCGACUUAAUCCUCUUGAUUACCCUGGUGCAGGAAACCCAAACUUGGAGAACAAUGAAGGGAUGGCGUACAGCUGUGUGAUGAUGCUAGCAAAUGCAUACAGAGACCUGAUCGAAAAGGCUGUCCCAGAUCCAGCAAACCGCAACGCACAGAAUCCAUUGAUUCAGCAGAUCAUUGCAGGAGACCAUGCAGCAAAUGUCAAUGGAUUCUAUAAUCAAACGACUUACAGAGGGCCUUCAGGACCUAUCACUCUCGACCAAAACGGUGACAGGAAGGAAGGAUACUUUAUGACGUUCAGCAUGCAGGACGGUCAUUCUGUUCUCUUUGCGACCAGUUUCAUUGGAAACUACACCUUCAUCAGGGAGCCGCACUUUAAGGAUGGCCACCCAAAGCCUCCGAGCGACGCACCACCAUGGGCGAUCCAGAAUCCGCGAUGGGAUAAUGCCAGUGGAAUUGUCCUUGGCACACUGUGCAUCAUUGGAAUCGUGUUGACGAUCAUCUCGGGAGUGCUGGUCGUUUAUUUUCGAGACAACAUUGUCAUUAAGGCAUCCAGUCCUACAUUCUGCCUAUGCGAGUUGCUGGGGAUCUUGCUGAUUAUGAUCUGGUGCGCGCUGCAUAUUGGUAUCCCAGACAUGGCUAUGUGCAUCGUACAGAAUUUUAUUCUGCCUAUCGGAGUGACCCUUCUUGUUGGGUCCUUGACAAUCAAGAACUACAGGAUCUAUCGCAUCUUCAACUCGGUCACAGUGAUGAACCAGGCGUUUCAGACCCGACUUUUGCUCCGCUGGAUGGCCCUGGCGCUGUUCCUCUGCGUAGUGCCCAUGAUUGUCGAGGUGAGUAUCGAUGCUCCCCGACCCGAGAUGAUCAACAUUCGAUCUAUCCAGUGGAUUCGCUGUCGCGGGUCCAUGACGCAGGUGUGGUGGGUUUUAUCGUCAUCGAUCAUCCCGGCCAUCUUGGUUUUCUUUGGAGUCUUCCUUGCCUUCAAGACCCGCAAUGUUGUCUUUUUGUGGAACGAGGCAAAACAGAUCUCGCUUGUUCUUUAG